AAUCUCAAUCUGGAUUAAUGAAUAAACCAUACUAGUGUGAAAUAGCCAAAUAGGAGAUUUUUCCGAAAUUUCAAGAUUUCUAUAUAUAUAAAGAUUCAAGAAAUCUAUGAAGAAACACAUCAGCCCAGCAAUGGAGGUAGAACAGUCUCCAGAGCAUUGCAUAUAUAUACAGUGAUACAGAUCUCUCUAAUGGAGAAGAUGAAUUUGGUUCGUUUAUGAAAGCAGAUAAUUUUUGCUUCUGUUUCUCCGGGUUUUGAGUGGUUUCUUUUCUCCGCUCCCCACCCUUCGGCCUCCGGGGGUCCCUCUCCCACCGCCCAACGCCUCCCGUCUCCCCAACGCCCAACGGUACGCACUCAACCCACCCGCCUAUAAAAGGGUUACUAUCUCCUUCGUUUUAGCCAGAUCAAUUGGUUUGUUUUCACAGAUCCAAAUGGGGAGCGAUAUUCGGGCUGGGUAGUCUGAAAGCACUUGUUCUGCAUUUCUUGGGAUGAACUAAAAUGGCUGGAAUUGCUGGAGAGUUAGAAGCUAAAAUGGAGGAUGGUGGCAAUGAUCGGUGCUGGGAUGAGUUAAUACCGGAUGCUCUUGGGUUGAUCUUCAAGAAUCUGCCGCUUCAGGAUGUGCUUACUGUCAUCCCGAGGGUUUGCAAGUCGUGGCAAAGAGCCGUGCUGGGGCCUUAUUGUUGGCAAGAGAUAGACAUUGAGGAAUGGAGCAUGAGCUCCCGCUUUGGAACUGUGGACCGCUUGCUUCAGUUGCUGAUUACGAGGUCUCAGGGUUCAAUCCGUAAGCUCGCGGUUUCUGGUGUCUCUAGUAAAGAAACCUUUGAAUUAAUCGCGGACAAUGCCAAAUAUCUGCAGGCAUUGCACCUGACGAGGUGUGAAAUCAGCGAUCCCGUCGUGGAACAGUUAGCCGGGAAGUUCAGUAACGUUACGUUCUUGGAUAUAAGCUACUGCAUCGAUAUGGGGGUGGGAGCGAUCGAAGCGUUCGGGAAGCAUUGCAAGAAUCUCACUUUCCUCCGCCGAACAAUGCACCCCCUAGAGGUCAUCGACAAGGGCGACCAGGACGACGAAGCGUACGCGAUUGCCGCCACGAUGCCGAAGCUCAAGCAGCUCGAGAUUGGGUACAUGCUCGUCACUUCAGAAAGCGUGAACGAGAUAGUCAAGAGUUGCACCGAGCUCGAAGUACUGGACAUUCGGGGAUGCUGGGGAGUUAGCAUCGACGAGAGCGUGAAGAAGAAUUCGGGAUUGAAGGUCGUUGGACCGGUCGUUUUCGACCGCUAUGAUCCGCAAGCAUGGGAAAAUUGCUCUGAUAAUUCCGGGUCGUCUGGGUACCUGCCGUGGGACUUCGUUGCCGGGGAUUUGGAUGACGAGUAUGAUAUAUCGGAUGGGGUGUGGGAGGAUGAAGAAGGUGUUGAGGAUGUGCAAAUGUGGUUUUAUGAUGGGCUGAAUACCAUCAAUAGUGGAUAUGAUUGGCCCCAAUCUCCUUGAAAGCUUGCUGGAGAAGCUUCUUAUUUCAUAUUCAUAAAGCUCCUAUCUUUCUAUUAUAGUAUAUCCCCUAUCAAACUUGUCUGCUGCAUUUGAUAUAUAAUAUAGGUGUUUAUUAUAGUGUCUGUUUAAGUAAGUGUUUCAACCAUUUGUGCUUGGAAUGGUUGUACUUUGCAAAUGAUAUAAUAAUAAAUAAAUAUAAUGCAGUUUGUUGAUUGAGUCA